UAUAUUGCGGUAACCUCUGGUAUUCUUUUGAGUAUUUCGAUUUGCGCAAUCUGGCAACACUGCUGACCACGCUGCCGCAUAAAUAGAAUUAGCUUGCACGAAAUUGUCGAGCGUCGUCGUCGCUGGCAAACAGGAACCGUUGACAGAGGGACUGAGGGCACAGGCAUACCGCAUACCGCAGGGCGAUAGAAGAGACGCGUCGAAAUUCGCAGAAUCCGCUUCCGAAACUAGUUUCUAGCAUUACAAGUCUCGAAAAUUAACCAACAACAACAUCAUGCCUAACGAUACUGUUGUAAAGGUCCAAGAAUACAAGGACACGCUCAUAAAAAAGGCGGAGCAUUUGAUUACCAAAUGCUUCCCCGAGAAGAUUGUCCAACUGAAUGAACUGCUCGCCACAUCCAUGUUCAACGAGCGCAACUUCGAUGAGGUGCACCAGGAUCUGAACAUACCGGCUUUGGCACCGGUUUUGGUCAAGAAUCACUCUAACUCUGAUGACGCUGACGGUGCUACCGAUGACGGUGAUCAUCCGCCGACAAAGCGGGCUCGCAAGGAUGUGCUGGUGUCCGGCCAGCCGGUGCUGGCACUGCCAUCGGGUACGGUGCCCUGCAACAAGCCGCUCUGCGAUAUGAUCAAGGUGGUGAAGCCUAUAAUCCGCAAGCUGGUGGAGGAUUCCAAUCUUUUAAAGAUGUGGAUCUCGUUUAUGAUUCCCAAGAUUGAGGACGGCAACAACUUUGGCGUCUCCAUCCAAGAGGACACUCUGGCCGAGAUCCAGACCGUUGAGUCGGAGGCGGCUGCCUUCUUUGACCAAAUCUCGCGUUACUUCUUGUCGCGCGCCAAGGUCGUCUCCAAGGUGGCCAAGUAUCCGCACAUCGAUGACUAUCGCCGCGCCGUCGUCGAGCUGGACGAGAAAGAGUACCUAAGUCUAUGGCUGGUCGUCUGCGAGGUGCGCAAUCGCUACUCUUCGCUCCACGACAUAGUCAUUAAGAAUCUUGAGAAGCUCAAGAAACCCCGCUCCUCCAACACCGAGAGUCUAUACUAGUUCUUCGCUUAUCAUUUGCUAAACUACCUCCUACCGCCUACACCUUAUUUUUUUCAAACAGAUACUACACCCCCAAAUUUUUUUUUUUUUCAUAACUUGUAUUCCAAAACAUUCAUUUCAAAAACAAAUCACACGCCUUUUUCCCGCGCGAAGAGACAGCAGAGAUUUAAACACUAAAAUCGAAUUAAUUAAUUUUUGAGGAAUCCUGAUGAGAGACAGACAUUUAAGCAAUAGCGGCAAGGACGAGAAGAAUUAUUAACACACAUUUGUACGUCUAGAGUUUAAAGUCGAGGGUUAUGAAAAGAAAGGCAACAACAAAAAAAAAACAAGAAUAUGAAUAGAAUUACAAAAAACCGAUACCGAAAGCUGUAUAGAUUCCACUAAUAGCCGAUAGCUAUAAAAACAAACAAAAUAAACAAGAAACAUAAAAAACACGAAUCAAAAAUGUUGAAUUAGAACCAGGGGCUAAAGGAGAAAUGGCUUUCGAAAUUCCAAGAGCUGGCGACCGAUGACUCGAUGUAAAAAAAAAAAAAGAAAACCAUAUGUAAUAAAUAUGAUGGCCCAUGUGACCUUUCGGCAGAGUAUUAA